AUUAAAGUAUACAAUAACGUCCUCUAUAAUCUCGGACCUUUUUCUUCGUCUCUGUCUCGGACACUGUAGUAACUUCAUCUUUUUUUUUCAACUUCAGUCGCGUGUAAUGAUGAUCAACUAGUGUUACUUGCUCCACCGGAUCUUCUUCUUCUUCUUCGGUCAGCAAUCUUUUUCUACUAUCACCGCCUCUACUCGGAGAGAUCUCGUUCUCCGACUAAGGAAUUAUGAUCGCCGAUGCCGUUUCUAAGUCUGACCACAAAAGGGAUGCAUAUGGAUUUUCUGUGAGGCCUCAGCAUGUGCAAAGAUACCGAGAAUAUGUUGAUAUCUACAAGGAGGAGGAAGAGGAGAGGUCAGCCAGGUGGAACAAUUUCCUGGAAGUUCAUGCAGAAUCUGGCGUGAAUAGAUCGUCUGAAAAUAAUCACGUACAUCCAAGUGAGAGUGACAAGAAAAAAGAAGAGGAAUCAAACAAGGGUGCUGAAAGAAAAGAUCUAGAAACUGACAAGCCAAGUUCUGAUUUAACUCCUGGGAAUGCGAGAGAGGAAGAUGAAGUUCCCAGUGCAGAGAAGAAUGUGCACAAAUUUCAGUUAUGGGCUGAGAUCAGACCAUCUCUUCAAGCAAUUGAGGACUUGAUGAGUGUCCGUGUCAAAAUGAAGGGGGAUUCUACAAAUGGUGACCAAGAAGCGCAGAAAUUGAAUUCCUUACCCUCAACUGAUGAGACCAAAUCUUCAAAGGGUGUGUCUGAGAAUGAUUCUGAAGACGAGUUCUAUGAUGUGGAGAGAUCAGAUCCAAUUCAGGAUGGUUCUUCAGAUGGUGCAAGUGUCUCCAGCAUGUCUGCUGCUGCUGACGCAACUUCUCUAGUAUCUGCAUGCCCCUGGAAAGACGAACUUGAAGUUCUUGUUCAUGGUGGGGCACCUAUGGCUCUGAGGGGUGAGCUCUGGCAAGCAUUUGCGGGAGUCAAGAAACGUCGGGUCAAGAAUUAUUACCAAAAUCUGCUAGCUGCUGAUAGUCUAGGAAACGACAUAGAGCAGGAGCACAUGCAGCAUGCAGAUGAGAAAGGUUCAAGUACAGACCCCCUCGCUGUCGUGCAAAAAUGGAAAGGACAGAUAGAAAAGGAUUUACCCCGGACAUUUCCAGGUCAUCCUGCCCUAGAUGAUGAUUUCAGAGAUGCUCUGCGGCGAUUGCUAACUGCAUAUGCUAGGCAUAAUCCCUCUGUUGGAUACUGUCAGGCAAUGAAUUUCUUCGCUGCACUUUUAUUACUUCUGAUGCCUGAAGAGAAUGCUUUUUGGUCGCUUAUAGGAAUCAUUGAUGACUACUUCCAUGAUUAUUAUUCAGAAGAGAUGAUCGAGUCCCAGGUUGACCAACAAGUUCUGGAGGAGUUGCUUCGAGAGAGAUUUCCAAAAUUGGUUCAUCAUCUAGAUUAUCUUGGAGUCCAGGUGGCUUGUGUUACAGGGCCAUGGUUUCUUUCCAUCUUCAUUAAUAUGCUUCCAUGGGAAAGUGUUCUCAGAGUGUGGGAUGUGCUUCUAUUUGAAGGAAAUCGUGUUAUGCUUUUCAGAACAGCACUUGCAUUGAUGGAAUUUUAUGGUCCUGCAUUGGUUACAACCAAGGACACUGGAGAUGCUGUUACUUUGCUACAAUCAAUGACUGGUUCAACAUUUGAUAGCAGCCAGCUCGUUUUCACUGCUUGCAUGGGUUACCAGAGUGUACAUGAAAGUAGAUUGCAGGAAUUAAGAAGCAAACACAGGCCAGCAGUAAUAGCUGCAUUUGAGGAAAGAUUAAAGGGGCUUCAAGCUUGGAGGGAUUCAAAAGGCCCUGCGACCAAAUUACAUAAUUCUAAGCAAGACCCAAAUUCUGUUUUAGCUAGCAAAGCCUCAUCAUCAAAUGGGAGUUUAUCUCGUUCUGAAUCGGGAUCCAGUUAUGCAGACGACGUCUUUAUUAGCCUGACUGGGGAUGGUGAGAUAGAUUGUUUUCAAGAUCUUCAAGGACAGGUUCUCUGGUUGAAGGGUGAACUCCACAAGUUGCUUGAGGAGAAAAGAUCCGCUUUACUAAGAGCUGAAGAGUUGGAGGUAGCUCUCGUGGAGAUGGUCAAACAAGACAAUCGGCGUCAACUGAAGGCUAAGAUUGAGCAGUUAGAGAAAGAGGUGACAGAGCUUCGAAGACUUGUUUCUGAUAAGAGAGAGCAAGAAGGUGCUAUGAUACAGGUCUUGAUGCGAAUGGAGCAAGAACAUAAAGUAACAGAAGAUGCACGGAGACUUGCUGAGCAGGAUGCAGCAGCACAGAGAUAUGCUGCUGAAGUACUUCAGGAAAAAUAUGAAGAAGCUGUUGCAGCGCUCGCUGAGAUGGAGGAGAGGGCAGUUAUGGCAGAGUCCAUGUUGGAGGCGACUUUGCAGUAUCAAUCUGGCCAAGUUAAAGCACAACCUUCACCACGGCAACUGAAGCAAGAUUUGCCGGUCAUGGUCAGUCCCUAGAAUCUUAUCCAAAACACUACAUAUCAAAAACCUAAGGAGCAAGUUAAUGACGGAAAUCAUCAACAGAAGGACAAAACACAAACUUCAUAGCAGAAGGACACAAAGCUCUAAGAAACUGCGACACUCCCUAAGGUAUAUAAUUAUACAAAUCGCCGAUUAGAUUGUCGACAUAACUAGUAGAUAUUGAAUUACAUAAUUUUUUUGGUAAGCAUAUAGAAACAAUUCGUUGUAAGUCAAACCUCUGUUUGUAUGACAAAGAGUUUUCAACUA